GCAAGUUGGACAAAUGCAAGUAAAAAACAACAUGAAAAGCUACUUGAGCUGAUACGUCGUGUUGCAGAGGACGAUAAAGAUGGUGUGAUGGCAGACAAAGUGUUGAACCUUCUUUGGAAUCUCGCCCAUAGAGAUGAUGUGCCUGUAGACAUCAUGGAACUAGCUCUUAGUGCCCACAUAAAAAUACUAGAUUAUAGUUGUUCCCAGGAUCGAGACACACAGAAGAUCCAGUGGAUAGAUCAUUUUAUAGAAGAACUUCACACAAAUGAUAAGUGGGUAAUUCCUGCACUGAAACAAAUAAGAGAAAUUGGUAGUUUAUUUGAUGAAGCACCUCAAAACUUAAGUCAGACUCAGCGAAGUGCCCAUGUAUUCUAUCGUCAUGAUUUAAUCAAUCAACUUCAGCAUAAUCAUUCCUUAGUUACUAUGGUCGCAGAAAACCUUGCAACUUAUAUGAAUACCACACAGCUAUAUGCUAGAGAUAUCAUACAGUAUUUUUUGUACAUCUGUACCUCCUCCAUAUUACACCAAAAUUAUAAGACAAACAUACAAGUGGUGAUUCAGAGUAAUGAUGACAUAGCCAGCAGAGCUAUAGAUCUCCUUAAAGAGAUAUAUACAAACCUUGGCCCCAGGUUACAAGUCAAUUAGGUGAUUAUCCAUGAAGACUUCAUUCAAUCUUGCUUUGACUGGUUGAACGCCUCAUAUGAUACAUUGUGUGUUUUGGAUGGUGAUAAAGACAGUGUUAAUUGUGCAAGACAGGAAACCAUUCGAAUGGUUCGAGUUUUAAAUGUUUUAAAGGAAUACAUAAAUGAAUGUGAUAGUGAUUAUCAUGAGGAAAGAACAGUUCUACCUAUGUCAAGAGCAUUUUGUGGUAAACACUUAUCUCUCAUUGUUCGAUUUCCAAACCAUGGUAGACAGAUCGAUGACAUGGACAUAUGGUCUCAUACAAAUGAUACAGUUGGUUCAGUCCGACGAUGUAUUCUCAAUCAUAUAAAAGCAAAUGUAGCCCACACUAAAAUUGAACUUUUUGUGUGUGGUGAGCUGAUAGAUUCUGAAGAUGACAGAAAGCUAAUUGGACAAUUAAACUUAAAAGAUAAAUCAGUUAUUUCAGCCAAACUCACACAAGUAAGUUCCAGUAUGACCUCAAGCCCUGAUAGUUCUGAUUCCUCAGCUGAAUCUACUGGAAACCGCUGUAAUCAUUACAGUGAUAGUCCCAAUCCAGAAGUGGAAAGUUGUUUGCCUGGAGUGAUCAUGUCACAGCAUCCCAGAUACGUCUCUUUUCUUUGGCAAGUUGCAGACUUGGGUAGCAGUCUUAAAAUGCCACCACUUAGAACUGGAGCAAGAGUACUUAUGAAACUUAUGCCACCAGAUAGCAAAACAAUAGAAAAAUUAUGAGCCAUUUGUUUGGACCAUGCAAAACCUGAAGAAAAUAACCUUGGACCAUCUCUUGAUUCACUUUUCUUUGGUCCAUCUGCCUCCCGAGUGCUAUACCUAACAGAGGUAAUUUAUGUGUUAUUAAUGCCUGCUGGUGCAUCUUUGGGAGAUGAUUCCGCUGAUUUUCAGUUUCACUUCUUGAAAAGUGGUGGCUUAUCCAUUGUAUUGAAUAUGCUAACAACAAAUAACUUCCUGCCAAAUACAGAUAUAGAAACUCGAAGGUGUGUUUACCUCAAUGGCCUUAAAAUUGCUAAACUAUUCUUAACUGUCAUAGGCUAUGGUCUUGUUUGAUCUGUAGCAGAAGCUUGUCAACAAACAGUUGUAGAUGGUACAGAUCCCCUGACACUGAUUAACCAGGUUAUUCGCAAUCAAGCAGAGGUGCUACAAAAUGCCCUUCAGAGCAUCCCUAAUCCAUCAUCUGAGUGCAUGCUUAGAAAUGUAUCAAUACAUCUUGCUCAGCAAAUAUCUGAUGAGGUUACUUGUGAAACACUUACUGAGUGGGAAUAUCUACCACCUGUUGGCCCUCGCCCACCAAAAGGAUUUGUGGGCCUCAAAAAUGCUGGGGCUACUUGUUACAUGAAUUCUGUGAUCCAGCAUCUAUACAUGAUUCCUUCCAUCAAUGCAAGUGUUCUUGCAAUUGAAGGCACAGAUAGUGGUAUAGAUGAUAAUAUGUUCAGUGAUGAAAAGCAGGACAUUGAGAGUAAUGUUGAUCCCCGAGAUGAUGUAUUUGGAUAUCCUCAUCAAUUUGAAUACAAAGCAGCAUUAAGUAAAACAGAAGACAGGAAAGAGUACAAUAUUGGUGUCCUAAGACACCUUCAGGUCAUCUUUGGUCAUUUAGCUGCUUCCCAACUACAAUACUAUGUGCCCAGAGGAUUUUGGAAACAGUUCAGGCUUUAGGGUGAACCUGUUAAUCUGCAUCAACAACAUGAUGCCUUAGAAUUUUUUAAUUCUUUAGUGGAUAGUUUAGAUGAAGCUUUAAAAGCUGUAGGACAUCCAGUUAUGUUAAGUCAAGUCCUUGGAGGUUCUUUUGCUGAUCAGAAGAUUUGCCAAGGCUGCCCACAUAGAUACGAGUGUGAAGAGUCUUUUACAAUUCUGAAUGUAGAUAUUAGAAAUCACCAAAACCUUCUUGAUUCUUUGGAACAGUAUAUCAAAUGUGAUUUAUUGGAAGGUGCAAAUGCUUAUCAUUGUGAAAAAUGUGAUAAAAAGUUAUUCUCUGAAUAUCUCCUGGAGUGUCCUAGUGCAGAAGUGAGGGGUGCCUUUGCAAAACUUAUCGUAUUUCUUGCACAUUUUUCUUUGCAAGACGGGCCUUGUUCUUCAUCUUUUUCAUUUCCAGGACCUUCAAGUAAGGCCUGUGAUAACAUAAGCUUGAGUGAUCACUUAUUAAGAGCAGUAUUAAAUCUCCUGAGAAGGGAAGUUUCAGAGCAUGGCCAUCAUUUACAGCAGUAUUUCAAUCUGUUUGUAAUGUAUGCAAAUUUAGGAAUGGCAGAAAAGACACAGCUUCUGAAAUUGAGUGUACCUGCUACCUUUAUGCUUGUGUCUUUAGAUGAAGGACCAGGCCCUCCAAUCAAGUAAUAGUAUGCUGAGUUAGGGAAGUUAUACUCAGUAGUGUCUCAGCUGAUCCGCUGUUGCAAUGUCUUGAUAAUGCAGUCUUCGAUCAAUGGUAAUCCCCCUCUUCCCAAUCCAUUUGGUGACCCUAAUUUAUCACAGCCUAUAAUGCCAAUUCAGCAGAAUGUGGCUGACAUUUUAUUUGGGAGAACAAGUUAUGUGAAGAAAAUUAUUGAAGACUGCAGUAACUCAGAUGAGACCAUCAAAUUCCUUCGUUUUUGCUGCUGGGAGAAUCCUCAGUUCUCAUCCACUGUCCUCAGUGAACUCCUCUGGCAGGUUGCAUAUUCAUAUACCUAUGAACUUUGGCCAUAUUUGGAUCUACUUUUGCAGAUUUUAUUGAUUGAGGAUUCCUGGCAGACUCACAGAAUUCAUAGCACACUUAAAGGAAUUCCAGAUGAUAGAGAUGGUUUGUUUGAUACAAUCCAACGCUCUAAGAAUCACUAUCAAAAAAGAGCAUACCAAUGUAUAAAAUGUAUGGUAGCUCUCUUUAACAGUUGUCCUGUUGGUUAUCAAAUACUACAGAAUAAUGGAGAUCUUAAAAGAAAGUGGACUUGGGCAGUGGAAUGGCUUGGAGAUGAACUUGAAAGAAGACCAUACACUGGCAAUACUCAAUACACUUAUAAUAAUUGGUCUCCAGUACAAAGCAAUGAGACAUCAAAUGGUUAUUUCCUAGAGAGAUCACAUAGUGCUAGAAUGACACUUGCAAAAGCUUGUGAACUAUGUGCAGAAGAGGAGCCAGAUGACCAAGAUGCCACAGAUGAGCAUGAGUCAUCUCUACCAGAUGUCCCAUUACAUGCUCAUUCAUCUGGAUCUCACUAUCCACAGAAUAAUCAUGUGCAUGGAGAGCCAUAUACAGGGCCAGCAGCAUAUCACUUGAACAACCAUCAGAAAAGUGGCCAAAGAGCACAAGUAAACGAUGAAGGCAAUGAAGAAGUAUCCUCAUUACAAAUGCGGGAUCAAUGA